GAUUGCGAGUGUUGUUCACCAUAGUCUAGUCAUCAUCAGGAAGAUUUUAAUAGGUUUUAAUAACAAAUAACAUGCAAUUGCAAGUUGCGAGAUACAUACAGUAGGCACACAUGCUGCAGUAUCUUCAAUCAUAAAGCGGGAACACACGUUUUAUGACUUAUAUUGCCGAAUGACACAGGGCUCCCAAAUAGAUUGCUUCGUUACAGACCCAAACAGAUUGCUAAGACUGAAACACAUGCGCUGCUGGCUCUAGGAAGACAUCGUCAGUUUGCCGAGUUAUAUGCAAUACGACGAAACGUGUUCAACAAUUGCACUGUCACAAACGUAAUUGAGUUUCGGAGCCUAUUCUCUAUAAUUUAAUAUUUAAUUAUUGUUAAUGCGACAGUUUGGCUUGAGGAUUCACUUUAAAAGAAAGAAGAAAUUAUUUUGACAAGAAAAAAUAUUGCAAACUUUUCUAAUUGCGGUGACGUAUACACACAAAAAAAUAAAUAUUUUACGAUCCAACAACUAUACCGGCACUCUUACUAAUAUAGAUUACCCAAGUCGACCACGUGGCCGUGAAGUGAGCGUCGACUGCGCCAAGAGUAUGCGGUAAACACAUUCCACAGGACAAAAUUCGAUAAAAUCUAGUAUAUUCUUCAAAACAUUUCCUAGAAAAUUGUGACAAACGUAAAAGGUAGUUCUCAACACAAUCGCGUCAUUUUGUGGUAAACAGCGGUGCUAACACAAUUUAAAAGCAGAAAACAUCGGUGAUUAAAUUUGUUUGUUAAAACUCAUCUUUUCUCACCACAAAGCUGCAGCGAGAACUGUGAUUUUCCACUAAUUUAUUUAAAGUAAGCAACCAAAUACGUGAGUGUCGGUGUUGUGAUAUAUAUAUUUAAAAGGCAAGUCGAAGUGAAGCGAUUCAAGCUUUCUCUGUUGAUUGUUAUCGCUUGAUCCAAGAAGAUUUGGAACAGAUCAAGAAUCAACGUACGCCACGCGCAAAAGUUCAGAGUAAAUCGCCCCAAGUUAACAACAAAGUAGCAAAAUCCCACCCGCAGGCAAUCGUGAGUUUAAAGAAGCCCAAGUUGAGGUUGUUCAGCCCGGCUCAACGAUCGACGUCAACAGGACGUAUCAACAAGCCCCCCAACAAGGAGGGUGGGUGCAGUGGUGCAGUGGUUGCCGGAGGGCCAGCGAGCUUGGGGUGGCCUCGUCCACAGGCGCCUUGGCACCGAGCGCACCGGGCCCCGGGGCUGCGGUGGUGGGUUGCCUGGUUGGGGUGUACCCGUGUUCUCCCUCCUCCACGGGGCCCAGGGGCCCCCUAACUCAUCAUCUCCAGUCUAUCCCGAAUCAGCAACAGUCGAUCGGCUGCCGUGCCUGUUGCUGCGUGCAUAACAAUCAUCAACCAACUUCGGUCCAGCUUACCAGUCAACGGGGCGGUCUAUCGCUGAGGGUAGCGAGGGUGGCGUCCACCACCUCCGUCCGAGCCGCCCCCUACGCCCACCCCCAGCACCAGGGGCUGGGGCAGGAGUGCAGGUGUAGGGAGGAGACGGGGGCAUUGGGUGGAGGUGGUGCGCACAUCCUCGGCAGCCCGAUGCUGUUCGUCCCGUUCACGGUACCCACCUUCCCUGCGACGCAUCAUCAGACGACUCACCCUGCGCACCAGACGCAUCAUCAACAGCUGCAGGCCAACACCCAGAAUCCGGUGCAACAACCGCAACAGCUCACCCAGUUGAAUCAGCUGAGCCAUCUGAAUCAUCAGGGCAUCGUGCCGGCGACAACCAAUCAGCCGACUAUACACAGCACCAGCUGUUCGCCGCAGCAACAAGCAACGACACCGAAUAAGGAGAUGAAAGUUAAUUGGGCGACGUCGCCGGGUAACCAACCAAAACAGGACACAAGCAAACAUUAUCACAUAUUUGUUGGAGACUUGAGCCCGGAAAUCGAGACACAUACCUUAAGGGAAGCUUUCUCAGCCUUCGGAGAGAUCUCAGAUUGCAGAGUUGUCAGGGAUCCCCAAACUUUAAAAUCCAAGGGAUAUGGAUUUGUUUCGUUCGUCAAAAAAGCGGAAGCAGAGAGUGCGAUCGGCAACAUGAACGGCCAAUGGCUAGGUGGCAGAAGUAUUCGGACAAAUUGGGCCACUCGCAAACCUCCCGCACCUAAAUCUGAAGCGAAUGCAAAACCGUUGACGUUCGAUGAAGUUUACAAUCAAAGUAGUCCGACCAACUGCACGGUAUACUGCGGCGGUUUGACCAAUGGUUUAACAGAAGAACUCAUGCAGAAAACUUUCUCACCCUUCGGAACCAUCCAAGAAAUUCGAGUAUUUAAGGACAAAGGCUAUGCUUUUAUCAGGUUUUCUACCAAGGAGUCGGCCACGCACGCCAUCGUAGCGGUACACAACACAGACAUCAACGGCCAAACGGUGAAGUGCAGUUGGGGCAAGGAGAGUGGAGAUCCUAAUAAUGCUCAACAAACUGGACAGGCGUUAUCGUCGGCGACGUACCCAUACUACGCGGCGGCGGCAGCAGCCGCCGCGGCGGCGGCGGGCGUCGCGGGUGUCGGAGGCGUCGGUGGCGUCGGCGGUGCUGGACAACUAGGAUACUGGUAUCCGCCCCAAUCUUAUCCCACGACAGCGACACAAAUGCAAGCUGGUGGCUUUCUUCAAGGCAUGCAGGGGUAUACCUAUGGACAGUUCGCCGGAUAUCAACAGGCGCAAUACAUGGGAAUGGGAAUGGGUGCUGUUCAUGCUGCUGGCACAGCGGCAGGAUGGGGUCAGGGAUUACCUGGGGGACCACAGUUACCACCACACCACGCCACGACGGUCACGGCACCCCCAGGGGUGCAAGCCGCGCCCCCGCCACCACCGCCACCGGCACAAAUGAUGGCCUACCCGAUGCAACAGUUCCAGCUAGCGGAUGAGGACUGGCUGACGCCUAGCCUUCUAGUGUGAUGGUAAGCAAGUACACCCCACCAACAGGAACAACUUCUACAGCAACAACAGUUACCACCACCAUCACCACCAUCAUUUCCUCCUCCACUACUACUACUACCACCACCUCCAACAACAACAACAACAACAAUAACAACAUUUCCGUCAUCAUCGAUGCACAAUCGACCGCGACAGCUAAAGCAGUAGAAUUCAUGCCACUUCCGGCUUGACGAUGCGCGAGUCGAAAAGGCAGCAAUCACGAAAAACAGAUAACACUUGUUUAGUAAAAACGAAGAAACAAAGUGAGAAAUAAAAAAAAAAUAGUAAUUAAGAAUCAUAAUCCUAGGUAAUUUUGCGCAAGAUGCAUCCGACAUCCCCUAUUUCCCCUGUAAGUUUUCACGUCCAAUGUAAGAAAAAAAAAAAAAAGAACUGCUACCGAUUACUAAGCGGAGAUACCUCUCGUCCAGUCUGUAGAAUAAUCUAGCAACUUACUCGGCUUGAAGAAAUAGAUAGCGUUUACCGUUACAGUAUAGCUUCUCAAUACGAAAAAAAAAAACACGAAAUCCGGCAUACAUGUGAAUAAAUCAUUCGAUGGUCUGACAGUGUUUUUCUUUUUAGCGAAACUGGCCAAUUAUAUGCAUAUACUAUGUAUCGUCCAGCGAGAUAAUGAGAAAUACGAGUCCACAUACGUUCAAUGGGAUCGUGGUUUAUCAGAUUCCUUUUAAUAAAGAGCAUAAAUUCCUUGAUCCUCUCUACGAUAACAAGAAGAGUGCCGGAUACAGACUCGUUACACGAAUUCAUUAUUUUUGUAGUUUGGGCUUAACAGCGAAAAAAAAAAUAACUCAAAGACAUUUAAUGUGUCGAAGGGGACGCUCGCGGUCGAAUGCGACGGCUGGCGAGCGGCUACGGUGUAUAAAUGAUAAAUACAAAGAUUAAUCGAAGCAUACUCUCGUGAAGAUAUAUAAAUAUAUAAAUAUAUAUAUAUAUAUAUAUAUAAAUGAAAGAAUAUAUACAUAAAAGAGUAAAGAUUAUUAUAAACAAAAUUCAAUUAGCUAGUUAGAUAGGCAUGUUAUAUUAAAAGUUAUUCGAGGUCGAUUCGAUAUUCGGCGGCAAGGAGGAAGUGGAUCUUGUGUAUAUUCAGUAGCGCAGCAUUUUUACGGGGAUGAAAAUAAUCUUGGCCCCUUUGUACAACUCAUCGGAAAAUAUAUAAACCAUAGGAAUUACUACUGGAUCCACGUACUUUAUCCCAUUUGCCACUGCGAAAAGACUUCGUAUCUCGAUCAAUAUAUAUAUUUAUUUAUCGGAUUCGUGGCCAAACGAUAAUUCCGCACCCUGAAAUCUUUGCAGGCAAUUUAGUAUCCGUUUUUAUCAUUCAAAUUUGUCUUUUGGACGUGUAACACGCGUAGACCUGUUGGAUACUUUUAUAAAAAAAAAUAACAGACAUGUACACGCCAGAGGAGGGCAUCGACGAAUUAGCACGUUCCAAACUGAGAAAGUGACGAAACGCGCAAAACACCGAUCAAAUCACCGUGGUUUUUAAGUAAACGUUAGAUUUUUAUAUAAGAUGACUAUGUACAACCGAAGAAUAUCGAGAUUUUGACGUUUAAGCAAUAAAACGUUAUACUUAGAAAAGAAAAAAAAGGCAGCCAUCGAUCCUUCCGUCUCUUUGUAAAUCAAUCUCGCUGCGUAAACGAGAGAGUACACGAAUUCUUAACAACGAAAAAAAAAAAAA